GCCAGCCAUGGGCGACGGCAAGCUCCUCAACAGCUUCUUGGCCUUGUCGCUCUUCUUCGCGCUCUGCCCACCUUCCACCGUCUCCCGGGACGCGGUGAGAGAUCGGUACGAGGGUUGGAUCGCUCGACAUGGCCUCACCUACAAGGACAAGAAGGAGAAGGAGCAGCGCUUCAAGAUCUACCAAUCCAACUUCCUAAAGAUCAGCAAGUUCAACGCCGAGGACCAUGGCUACAAGCUCACUGACAACAGGUUCGCGGACAUGACGAACGAGGAAUUCAGAGCCAAGCAUAUGUGCUUGACCGACGACCCACAGACUACUACUCCUCCUCCUGUAAAGGUGGAAACGGUGGACAUAUCGUCGAACAGUUCGCAUAGCAUGAAAAGUCACGUCCCCGAGCACCUGGAUUGGAGGAAAAAGGGAGCCGUCACCGGUGUUAGGAACCAAGGUCAAUGCGGGUCUUGUUGGGCCUUCUCCGCGGUGGCAGCGAUCGAGGGAAUCACCUACAUCAAGACCGGCAAACUGAUUCCGCUGUCGGAGCAAGAGCUGGUGGACUGUGACAUCAACGGGAAAAACCAUGGUUGCAGUGGAGGGUUCAUGCAAAAUGCCUUCGAGUUCGUCCGAAGCAACCAUGGGUUGACUUCCGAGUCCAAGUACCCUUACAAAGGCUUCCAGGAAGAGUGCAGAGGCAACCAACUCCACGACCAUGUCUCCACCAUUUCCGGCUACAAAGCCGUGACCGCCAGGAGCGAGCACAGCCUGUUGGAGGCCGUGGCGAAGCAGCCGGUGUCGGUGGCAAUAGACGCCGGCGGAUUCGGCUUCCAGUUCUACUCGCAUGGCAUCUUCGACGGCCCCUGUGGGUCGAGUCUCAACCAUGGCGUGUUGGCGGUCGGAUAUGGAACCACGGAUAAGGACAUGUUCUGGAUCGUGAAGAAUUCAUGGGGUGCAGGUUGGGGAGAAGACGGCUACAUCAGGAUGAGCCGUGAUGUCUUGGACUCCGAAGGCUUAUGUGGGAUCGCCACGAGAGCCUCUUAUCCCACAAAGUAGUAUGCCCUCUUCCCAUGGCAAUAAAAUCUGGAAGAAGACCCACCAUCGUACUAAUAUCUUUGUUUUGUGUACUCCCAUUCAUAAACGCAAAGCUCAAUCUACCACGACAGAGAUCUGAGGAGGUGGAGAAAGGACAGCAAAUCUUUGGCUGGGAUUUCUU